CCCGAAGACAACCCCGCCGACAAAACCUUCAUCCAAAAACACAUGCUCAACGACCCAACCAUCCAAGCCCUAAGCUACCCGCGUCGCAAAGGCCCUCGACCCCAAACCCACGCCGAACAAUUCAUCAAACACCUCCAAGCCUCCCUCUUAAGCGUGAUCAUUUGUCUCCGUCCAACCACCGAGGAAACCACCGAACCCGUUCCCAUCGGGACAUUGACUCUCUCUAAUCCAUGGGGUCCAGAUGCGAGUCAUCACCUCCACGCCACACUGGGGACUUCACUAGCGGAGAAGUAUCGUGGACAGGGAUACGGCGGGGAGGCGAUUAACUGGGCGCUGGAUUGGGCGUUUUUGCAUGCGGGAUUGCAUCGGGUGGGGUUGACUGCGUUUGGGUUUAAUGAUGGGGCGGCGAAGUUGUAUCGGAAAUUGGGGUUUGUGGAGGAGGGGAGGGAGAGAGAGGUGAUGUGGCAUUCCAGGGGGUGGUGGGAUGUGAUUCAUUUUGGGAUUUUGGAGGGCGAGUGGGAGGUUUUGAGGGGGUUGAAGGAGAAAUCUGAUGGAAAGUGA